AGUAUGUGUAGUAGCUGCAGAGCUGUGACGGCCCUCUCUCGGUGGAAGACCGCGUCCGAGUGUGACAGCUCCGUCUCUGCUCUCAAACCCACUCAACUCAAGUGCCAUGGAGGACUCAAGUAGUUGACGGUUCCUGUUGCAACUUCUCUUUUUAAGCUUUCUUCCCGUCUGAUCAUCGUGAUCCUGAACCGGUUUUAUUGAACUACCAAGCGACUCUUUAUAAAAGAAUAAUCCAUCCGACAACAUGAAGUACAUCAUCGGCAUCGGCGGCGUAACCAACGGAGGGAAAACCACCCUCACCAACCGACUGAUCAAGAACCUGCCCAACUGUUGUGUGGUACAUCAGGAUGACUUCUUCAAGCCCCAAGAUCAGAUUGAAGUUGGUGAAGAUGGCUUUAAGCAGUACGAUGUCAUUACUGCUCUGGACAUGGACGCCAUGAUGAGUACGAUCUAUGCGUGGCUGGAGAACCCCGUGAAGUUUGAGAAGUCUCAUGGCGUUAAUAAUACCCUGGACAGUGAGAUCGUCCCAAAGUCUGAGCAUGAGGAGGAGACUCACAUCCUCAUCGUGGAGGGCUUUCUGCUUUACACCUACAGACCUUUGAUCGACGUGCUGGACCAACUUUACUUUAUUUCCAUCCCAUAUGAAGAAUGCAAAAAGAGGAGGUGCUCGAGGAACUACACGGUGCCAGACCCCCCCGGCCUCUUUGACGGCCACGUCUGGCCCAUGUACCUGAAACAUAAGAACAUCAUGGAGGCAUCAGACGUUGAUGUCUUGCAGCUAGAUGGAACCAAGUCAAAGGAACAGCUGUUCAACUUUGUCUACGGCGACAUCCUGAACAACAUCCAGAAGUCUCUUUAACAGACAAAGGUCAUACGAUCAGCUAAAAAGAAGCAUAUACUCAGCCUGCAAGCAGAAGACCGCCUUGCCUUUAUUAUAAGUUUCUACCUGGCAGCUCAUUUAGCUGACUGCUAUGAUUUUUAUGAAAAUCUAAAAAAAAAAAACACACGGCAUCAAAUGCUGGCAUGAUUUUUAUAUCAACCAUAUUUAUUGCUUUGUUACAGCCUACACUCCAAGAGAGUUGAUGGAUAUGUUCAGAUGUAGUUGCAUUUGUCAAUAAAUGACCUCCUACUAAAA